AUGUCUACAUACGGGGAUGAUGUUAAGAAUGAUUCUGAUAAUGAUUUGGGUGAUGAUUUUAUUUAUGAACCGAAUUCACAUGAUGAUGUUGAAGAUGAUGAUGUUGAUUCGUUAGAUUUUACUAACAAGAGUGAACAUGAUUGUGAUGUUAAAAGAAUAUCAGAUUUAAUGGUGGAGGAUAUUUGGAACCUGGAGUUUAGGACAGAGGAUGAAGCUUGCCAAUUUUAUAACGCUUAUGCUUGUUGGCAUGGCUUUGUAAUGAGAAAGGAUGACAUCGUUAGUGAUAGGGAAAGUAAAAUCAUUUGUAGGCAACUUGUUUGCAAUAAAGAGGACUGCAGGAAUAUGAGAUAUCUUGAUCUGGAGAAUAGAUCAUGGGAGGCAAGGUCAAUCACACGAAUUAAGUGCCCAGCACGGCUUAAGGUUAAGGUUGACUACGGUUGUGUGGAGAAUCUUCAUAAUUUUGGUGUCAAGAUGUGCCAUAUUAUGGGAUAUAUUGCAUUUCAGAAGGAUGGAUAUCGUCAUGCUGGCUUCACGCGCAAAGAUUUAUACAAUCACAUUGAUCGUUAUCGUAGAUCAAAAGUAAAAAACGGGGAUGCAAAUGUCGCAAUUAACUAUUUGAUUGGCAAGUCAAACAACAAUCCGUUUUUCUUUGGGAAGUAUACGUUCACUAGUGACCAAAGGCUCAAGCAUAUAUUUUGGGCAGAUGGGCAAUUAAUUGUCGACUAUCACUGCUUUGGAAAUAUUGCUGCUUUUGAUUCAACAUACAAAAGGAAUAAAUACAACAAACCUUUGGUCAUAUUUUCCGGAUGCAAUCAUCAUGGGCAAACUAUUAUUUUCGGCUCCGGUUUACUAUCAGACGAAAUGACAUACACAUCUAAGUGGUUGUUGGAAAUGUUUGUUGAAGCGAUGGAUGGGAAGCUUCCUAAAGCAGUUAUAACAGUUGGAGACCUUGUCAUGUGA